AUGGCUGUUCAAAGCAAACUUCUGGAUCCGCUAUGCGUAACGUGUCAGGAAUUUCAGCAUCCAUGGACGAAUAAGUGUGUGAAUGCCACAGCUGGCAUAUUGUUAUCGGCCACGCCCUACUGCCUACGUGUUUAUACAAUCGUUUACGCCUUUUCGCUCCUCAUGCGUCACCGGGUGCCAACACUGGAGGAUCUGAAGCGCACUCUGCUCGGUAUUUUGCAGUCCACAGCAUUUCUGGUGACCAAUGCCUACACAUUCAUUUUAUACAACUGCCUGAUCCGGAAUUUACUGGGCCGCUAUUACUUUGGUACUGUGGCCUUUGUGCCCUCGUUUCUAUCCUCGCUCACAGCCAUAAUGGUCGAACGCCCGGCGCGUCGUCCACUGUUGACACUUUAUGUUGCCAAUGUAGCCACCGAAGCACUUUGGAAGAUGGCCGAGUCACGGAACUGGGUGCACUCCAUAUCCCAUGGCCAAACACUGAUCUUCGGAUCCAGCAUUUCGAUACUUCUUUAUCUGUACCGCAAGGGCACAUUCACAGACUCCAUUUUCAACAUACUGCGCAUUUUUGUGGGCAAGGAAGAGGCUGGUCCGAUUGCCAUACCAGAGCCCAUCUCUGGCGAACAACCAGAGCCCUCACGACGACGUCCAACUGUCCGAUUCUCCACAGUUGCCGACUUGGUGAACGUCUAUAGCAAUCUAAUACGCGGCAAGCACUCCAGCUGCCGCCAUAAGACAAGCUGCUGCAGUUAUGCCAUCUUUGGCGGACUUCGUCCAUUUGUGGGUGGCGUGGGAUUGCAGGUGGCAUUAAAGCUGGCAAUGAACUUCAAAACUAUAGCACAAGGUCGAAUGCUCUGGCGAAAGCAAAUCUUUAAUCGCAGCACAUUGCAGCUGGGCAUCUUCAUGGGCAGCUUUUCAUUCCUAUAUAAGACUGUCUCCUGUUUUCUGCGCCAUUGUUUCAAUCGAGAUGAGGCCUUGUUUGCUAUUCCUGCUGGAUUGAUCGCCUCGAUUACCUUCACCCAAUAUCCAGACAACACAGUCGCCUUGUACGUUAUGUGGAAGGCUUUACAAAUACUCUGUAGCAUCGGUCAGGAUAAAGGCAUAGUGCCUCGUAUACCCCAUUUUAUGAUGUAUCUGUAUGCCUUCUUUACGGCGGUGCUUUUCCAUGUCGGCAUUAUGGAAGCGCAGUCAUUGCGUCCCAACUACUACAAAUUCCUACAGGCCAUAUCGGGCGAGAGACUCAACAAGUUCAAUUUGAGCGCAUUUGAUGUAUUCGGUCUUAACACCCAGGGGCAGACAACGGAAAUGCUGAAAAGCCUGAAAAUUGUCGAUAAGGCCGCAUUACCGGCAUAUUCGUUUGCCUCCUGAGCUAAACAACAGUUCAACUGUAACUGAAUUGUGCCUAACAGAAAACAAAUUUAUAAAGUGUCUAGUAUAAUUCUCUCAGCACUCCAAGUGCGCAUAUCCAGCGUUUGAUACGCCUCGCUAUAAACUAUAUAUGUGUAUAUAUACUUAGAUGUAAUUAUGGCCCACUCAUUGGCCGCGCUCCGAUUAUUUGAUAAACGAUUUACUUAGUAAUGAGGUGUAUUGACUGUUUUGUUUUUUGGUAUCAGCUGUUAAUAAAAGUAACGAAACACAU